CAAUGAGCUUGAACUGAUAGGACGGAAGGAUCUCCUUGCAUUCACUCAAAAUAUAGCCAAAGAAACUUCAAGUACAAGACAUGACUACACAAACGUUCCACAAAAAGAUAUGAUGCAGAUACUCAAGUUCGUCAAUGACCAUGAAGCAAUAAGUGCCUGGGAUGGUCAAGCAGAGGCUGAUAGAUUCCAGGUCACUAAAUUGAUAUAUCAUGAGGAUCGCAGAUUUUACGAGCUAACAAAGCUUUUACAGACAUCUCGUGUACAAACUGCAACGCUGAGAGCUGACGACAAAAUGGAUGAGCAUGAAAAGCUUGUCAGACAGCGUGCUCUAGGAGCAAAGGUGGCUUUGCGAACAUUGACCAUGCCUCUGGGCAGGGGCGCUGUCUUCAUUUCAAGUAGAAAACCUUUGAUGACGGAAAGGUUUCCUAUACCUAAGAUGAAUUUUAAUGCUUUGAUUCUGCCGGACAUGAUCAACGUCAGCUUAGAGAAAGAUUCAAUAGACCAAGAAAUGUACAACUGGGGAUUCUUCCACAAUGGUGCGUCCUCAGGACUGACAAUUUCUAGGGAAUCUACGCAAAUCAAUGGAAGUUGGAUUGUAUUCAAUCGUCCACCUACUUUGAAUGCACAACAUGCAGGAUUCCUUCUCGGACUUGGCCUCAAUGGCCAUUUGAAGAAAUUAGAGGAAUGGCACAUUUAUAAUUAUCUGGGACCCAAACACAACUUUACAAGCGUCGGCUUACUUCUUGGAAUGGCUGCUAGUCUCAAAGGAACUAUGGAUAUCAAAUUAACAAAAGUACUAUCGGUGCACGUUGUUGCAUUAUUGCCUCCAGGAUCAACGAAUUUGAAUGUCCAGUUACCAGUUCAAACAGCAGGCUUGAUUGGAAUAGGUUUGCUUUAUUUGGAGACACAGCACAGAAGGAUGACCGAAGUCCUGCUCUCUCAGAUCAAUGCAACCCUUACUUAUAAUGAAAGAGAACAUGUCAGCGAAGGAUAUCGACUUGCGGCCGGCAUAGCACUAGGCUAUGUCAAUUUGGGACAAGGCGAAAGUCUCAAAGCUUCUAAUGAUACUCAUGUCAUUGAUGAAUUGUUUACAAUGGCUGUCUCGGUGAGGGAUAUACAGACCAUCGAAGAAUAUGAUAAAUCGUGUGGGGGUGCCAUCUUGGCACUUACAUUCAUGUUCCUGAAAACCGGUAAUAGUGAAGUUGCCUCAAAGCUUGCUAUACCACAAACAAUGCAAAUGCUGGAUUACAUUAGACCAGAUUUUCUGAUGCUAAGGUGUCUUGGGGCAAAUUUGAUCAUGUGGGAUCAAAUUAGAGAUCACAGAGAAUGGGUUGAGGCACAAAUUCCUCUUUGUGUGUCUGAAACAUACAAUGUUGAAACGAUACGCGAUCUUGAUAGCGAUUUCCUUCCUUAUCUAAACAUUUUAGGGGGAAUAUUGCUUUCGAUCUCGUUGAAGCACGCAUCAUCUGGAAAUACUGAGGCCAAAGAUACGCUUCUCUACUACUUUGACAGAUUAAUGAACAUAUGUGCUUUAGAGCCUAGGAACUACGAUGAACGUGUGGCAUUGAUUGGUGCCCGAAAUAUCAUGGAUGUUGUGAUUCUCGGGCUUUCAAUAAUAUGUGCUGGAAGUGGAGACUUGUGCAUUUUCAGACGUUUGAGGUUUUUGCAAGGCGUGGUUGACGAGUCAAUGAAUUAUGGGAAUUACAUGGCAAUUAAUUCUGCGCUUGGUUUUCUGUUUUUAGGUGGCGGUCAAAAAGCUUUCCAGAAGAGUAAUUUUGGAAUUGCUGCUCUUGUCACCGCUAUCUACCCUGUUUAUGGAACCAACAAUUACAACAAUGGCAGUGAAUGUUCAGAAAUCCAUUUGCAAGCAUUGAGACACUUUUGGGCACUGGCAGUGGAAAACAGGUGCCUUAACGUGCGAGAUGUGAAUACAAAACAGCCCAUCAAACUCGACGUGCAGAUAGAAACAAACCUUGGAUUGCUGAUCAAUCUCCAGACACCUUGUUUGAUUCCAGAGCUUGAUACCAUUGCAAGAAUUUCUGUUGUCAAUUCGGAAAAGAUUUAUUUUCCAGUGACGCUCGAUUUCAGGGAGUCAGGAACAUUAGACUUAUUCAAGCAGGCUCACUUGAAUAUAUUUGUGUAUCGGAAAAGGGACUACCAAAAUCUGAGGCUUUCCUUUGACGAUAUAGUCAAGCAGAUUGAGACAGAUCAACAUGUAAGCGAUGAUGUUGAUUGCAUGAAAGAGCUGGAAAAUCUUAACAUAUUCAAUAGCUUGACACGUUUCGAGAAAGCAACAAUGGUGGACAACAAAAACAAAGAUCACGCAAAGAGCUCUACGGUUUUGGACUUUAAGCUUGAGGUCGAAAGACUGGUAAAACGUCCGCAAAACAUGGAAGAUUUGUGGAACCUUAAAUUGCUUUUCAAUUUCGUUGAAAAGCUGCAAGGAGCCGAAAUUUACGAAGGUUUCAGAGAACCGAGUGAAAUGUCAAUGUCUGAGAAGUCAGAUAACUUCACAGAGAGAACGCAAACCGAGCUGAGCUUCUUAAAUAUGAAGUUCAUUGAAAAAUUGAAAAACGAUUUGUGGUCGUGCAUACAAAUGUCAAGCAGCUAGCCUGGCUGAAAAUUUAUUACCUGCCCACUUUUUCAUUGCCAUUUUUUUUGUGGGGUAAAUUUGUGCCCGCACAGUCGCUACCCUUUUUUGAAGUAACCGGGUGAUAUUCACGAGGUUGCUGCUCCGUGGGGAGAUUUUAUUUUCAUGUCGUAAAAUUUCGGCCCCUCACUGAAAUUUGCCGAUAAACC